GGAACACAAAAUCAAAGAGCGACUGGAGCGAAAACUACGGGGCUGGUGGAGGACUCGAGGUGAUGCUCAGCCGGCAUCGAAAAUCCACGGAGGAUAAGUGAUGGACGUAUCGGUGGACACCCACCAGUGCAUACGCUGUGGUCAAACCAUUGUCGGCAUCGAAGCCUAUGUUGAACAUCGCAAGUUCAACUGUAUAGGGAGUUCUUCCCCGGUCCUCGAGAGAGAUCCGCUUGAAGCGCCUCUUCUUCCUGAUGUCCCGGAUCUGCAAGAUCUCUUCGUCUCUUUCCUGGACCUUCAGAGGUAUUGACAGAGUAUCUCUCUGGUGCUCCCCGAGAAACCCGCUGAAACUCUAGAGAGUGGCUCCGAAGAUGACGACGAUCCGCUACGACCCCCAGGCAAUCAUACGGGUGGCAAAUGGAAGCCGGAAUGCCGCCCGUCGAUCAUGCAGGGCAUGCAGACCCUGCAUCGAGACAGGACGCCCAGUCCGGAAAGGCUGCCCCAGAUGCUCGAAAAGAUGGGGUGUGCACCUUGCGGGCGGAUAUUCCGUGACAAAUAUACGUACCAGCGUCACCUGGAAUCAUCCUUGCACAGGAAAAGAAGCUUACGUAAUGCGCAAAUCCUUCGAACACAAGAGAGACCGGUAGUCGAACCGAAACCUCCAGAGAACUUACUCGAAGAUCCCCUGAAAGAGACCUUCAUGAAGUCACGCAGGAAGAGAUGUCCGAAAGUCAAGACGAUGCUUCCCCUCGAGCCACUCAAGGUCGUGAAGACAUACCGGCUCCGCUGCUCCAUAUGCUACCGAUGGUUUUCAGACGAGAAACUCUUGAAGAAACAUACAGCCAAGCACACAUCGGCUCAGAGCGACGAGUUUUGCUGCGGGACUUGUCAAGAGCGUUUCACUGAGGGAAGUGCGCUGCGCGAGCAUCUCAAAACUCACAGAGAGCAUAAAAGAUGCUGCGGAAAGAUUUUCACCACCGUGAAAGGCUUCCGUGAGCACAAAGAAGCCGUCCAUGCUGCUGUGAAGGAGUGGCUCGCGUGCGAAAAAUGCUCGAAAGAAUUUGGAACUCAACGAGCUCUCAGAGAUCAUGCCUGUCUAUCAAAUUCCGCGGAAUUCCCCUGCGCCUCCUGCGACUACAUCGGAAAUAGCAAAAAGAAUCUCCAGUUGCACAGUCGGAGUCAUAGUCAAGAUAAACGUUACAAAUGUAAUCGUUGCGAUUACCAUGCUAAGCGGCACAGUCAAGUGUGGCGGCAUCAGAAACUUCAUGAAGCUCGAAAGCUACAAGAAUGUCCAUACUGUGAUUACACCUGUGCAUUGAUAGAGAAUCUACGAGCGCACAUUCUCAGGGGCACCAAACACGCGGGUCUGAAGGUGUACCCUUGUUCUAAGUGCUCGUUUUCCACUAACAGCUCGAGUGAGGCAAAAUCACAUCAGACUUCUUGUAUCAUACCUCCAUAGGGGUUGGAAUCUCCACCCCCUCUCCUUGUGAUAAAAAAUGUAUGACGCAGAAUGGGUUCCGUUUGAGCAUACGUACUAUGGAGAAUAAAAGAGAUGGUAAUAAAUGAAGAUUGCGGCUGAGAUCCGUGCUCCU